AGGAAAGGAAAGGAAAAAGAGGAGUUUUUAAGUUUUAUUAUUACUUUUUAAUUUUCAGAUUUUUGUUAUGGUUUUUGUUUUUUACUUCUUCGAGCCGGAGGGUUUGGUGAGUUUGGUUUCUUUGCUGUGAUAUAAAACCAUACUUUGUGUCGACUCUCAGAAAAAAUAAUCAUUCUUUCAGCCACCUUAUCUCUCUUAUCUGUGUCUCUCUUCAUGUUCUCCUCUUGAAAAACCAAGCUCAAGCUUUUGGGUUUUUCUCAAGGACCUAAGAGAGACAUGGAGGGUGUUCUAAAGGCAAAAGGGCUUCUCUCUCUGCCCUCAAACCCCAAACCCAGGGUUUUAUCCUCAUCACAGGGCUUGAAGCAUAGAUUUCUGACCACUAAACCUAAAACCUUUGGUGGGUUUUCUCUAUCCUCGAAUGGGUUCCAAAAAUUAAAUGGGUUUGUCUCAAAAACUCAUGGUUUUGGCCAAAAAGAGAGGAACUUGUUUAUCUGCAGGGCUGAGGCUGCGGCGGCAGCUGACGGGCAGCCACUGUUUGGUGAGCCAGAAAUCGAGAAGCCGAAGAUUUUGGGUGUUGAGGUUACGACGUUGAAGAAGAUUGUACCGCUUGGGUUGAUGUUCUUUUGUAUUCUUUUCAACUAUACAAUCCUGAGAGACACAAAGGAUGUAUUGGUUGUGACAGCCAAGGGGAGUAGUGCAGAGAUUAUACCAUUUCUCAAAACGUGGGUGAACUUGCCUAUGGCUAUUGGGUUCAUGUUGUUGUACACCAAAUUGGCUAACGUGUUGUCUAAACAGGCUCUCUUCUAUUCUGUUAUUCUCCCUUUCAUCGCCUUCUUUGGGGCAUUUGGGUUUUUCCUGUAUCCUCUCAGCAGUCAUAUCCAUCCCGAGGCGUUUGCUGAUAAGCUUCUCGGGAUACUUGGCCCAAGGUUCCUCGGUCCCCUUGCUAUUAUGAGGAUCUGGAGCUUCUGUUUGUUCUAUGUCAUGGCUGAACUUUGGGGUAGUGUGGUGAUUUCAGUUCUGUUUUGGGGCUUUGCCAAUCAGAUAACUACUGUUGACGAAGCAAAACAAUUUUAUCCCCUUUUCGGUCUCGGGGCAAAUGUUGCUCUUAUAUUCUCAGGUCGAACAGUGAAGUAUUUCUCACAAAUGAGGCAAAAUUUGGGCCCUGGUGUUGAUGGUUGGGCCAUCUCCCUAAAAGGAAUGAUGAGCAUUGUGGUGUUGUUCGGCUUUACAAUCUGUUUCCUCUACUGGUGGGUGAACAGUUAUGUUCCUCUUCCAACCCGUAGUAAGAAGAAGAAGGAAAAGCCCAAAAUGGGUACAAUGGAGAGCUUGAAAUUCUUGGUUUCUUCAAGAUACAUUAGGGAUCUUGCCACUUUGGUGGUUGCAUAUGGUAUUAGCAUCAACCUUGUGGAGGUUACAUGGAAAUCUAAGCUGAAAGCUCAGUUUCCAAGCCCAAAUGAAUACUCUUCCUUUAUGGGUGACUUCUCAACUGCCACUGGAAUAGCAACUUUCACGAUGAUGCUUCUGAGCCAAUAUAUAUUUAACAAAUAUGGAUGGGGAGUUGCUGCCAAGAUCACACCCACAGUUCUGCUUCUGACAGGAGUUGGUUUCUUUUCCCUGUUAUUAUUUGGGGAUCCAUUUGCCCCUGCUCUUUUGAAGUUUGGGAUGACUCCUCUUCUUGCAGCUGUGUAUGUGGGUGCCUUGCAAAACAUUUUCAGCAAGAGUGCCAAGUACAGCUUAUUUGACCCUUGCAAAGAGAUGGCCUAUAUUCCCUUAGAUGAGGAAACCAAGGUUAAAGGGAAGGCAGCCAUUGAUGUUGUCUGCAACCCAUUGGGGAAGUCUGGCGGUGCUCUGAUACAGCAGUUUAUGAUCUUAACCUUCGGGUCACUCGCGAAUUCAACUCCUUACCUAGGAGGGAUACUUCUGGUGAUUGUUCUUGCUUGGUUAGGAGCAGCCAAGUCUUUGGAUACCCAGUUUACCGCAUUGCGUCAGGAGGAAGAGCUGGAGAAGGAGAUGGAAAGAGCGGCCGUCAAGAUCCCAGUUGUGGCUGAAAACUCAACUGGGAAUGGCUCUCUUGCAAGUGGCUCAGCACUGAAUCCAACGGCCAGUGACUCCGCAGGCAGUUCAUCUGAAACCUCAACCCCCCAAAAUAUUUGAUAAGUUCUCUUCCGUCAGGUUGUUGAACAGGAAGAUUAAGUGGAACACAGAUGAGAACCAGUGUUAGGUGAAUCAUUGGUUGUAGAAUAUCUCUCUACACAUAAAAUAAGUAUGUUACUGAAUGUUUUUGACGUCCAGUUUUCCAUAUUUAAUGGGCUUACAAUCUGUUUAGGUUUUAAGUUUCUCUACUUGGGUAGAAUUUGUUUGGUAUUUUUACAAAAAACUUGUUGCUGCAAAUUUAUAAUGGAUGAUAGCUUGCACUGGGGGUUACUUCCACGCAA